UUUUUUAAACUUUGCUUUUCUUGCCCCCACCCGGGGGUCUUCUGUCCCCUCCUCUUCCCCACGGGGACAAAGCUUUCAUCACUGUUGCCCAGGCAACACUGGGGAUGCCUCAUUCCUCACAGCUCUGCAUAUCUAAGUAUAUCUUAAGCCUUUGUCCACGAGGCAGGCUCAAUUCUUUGUAAGUGGUCCACCAGUAAAUCAGCCAUCCUCUACUCAUAAUUAUUCAUUCUUUAGCCUUAUUUAAAGCGAUAUAUAUAUAUAUAUACAUAUAUAUAUUUAAUGUUUUCACCUGAAAACGACCUUUACACCAACGAGUCAUUUUUCUUGAAUGCCGCAGACAUCAGUUCUGGAGAGGAAAUGUGAAAAUCGCCUUUGCAAGUGUGUGCUUCCGAAGUGCGGGUCAAUUUUAAAGCACGCACCGGAGCAUUCAUAAUGGAUUUCCCUUUUAAAAGCACAGGAGACCAAAAAUAAACCUGACAAAAGGGCAGCUGUAGAGUUUUAACAUGUGGAAAACUCCACAGGCGGCAGUUACAUAACGGGAAAGAAACAAGAUAAAUAUUUCACACCGUUAGAUGAACUUCCAGAUGACAACGAAGAAGCCAAGAACGCGGAACACACCUUAACUCUCUAAGUGGGGGCGGGGAGGACCGACUUGAACGAAGAAGAGGCUAAGCCUGACCUGGGACCUGACUUGCAGCACGAGUGAUGGCUGUGCCCCCCACACCACCCCCGUUUCUGGAGUCAGAGGCUGAGCUCACGCCCCUAUACUUUAAGAGCGCUUUCCCAGCGGUUUUGUCCGCUAGGUAGAAUAUUUCCAAAAAAAAUCUCCACGUUAGGCAAAACACUGAAAAGGAAGUUUUUUGCGCCGAAAGAAGGAAAGAGAAGUGGAGAAGUGGAGAGACCGACCGAGCCAACACACACACACACACACACACACACACACACACACACACACACACACACACAACCCUGCCCAUCCCACCAGGCUGCGCUUCUCCCGCCCCCCCGGUUCCUCGCCCUGGGGACAGCUGGCAGCCCAGCGCGGGACUAGACACAAAGCGGAUCAGCCUGGGGGCGGGGGCCGACCUGCAGGGCUCUCCCUCCAGAAGCCAGUCCUCCGCCGCCCCUUGCUUAGGACCCUGCGGACACCGCGUCCCGCGUCCACGCCCUCCCCUCAACCCUCUUCCACCCUUUAAAAGAAGGAACGUCCCAGACCCAGGUCCCAGGGCCAGAAGACCUGCCCCACGACAGCCGGUGGAGACACCCCUGACCGGAGAGACUGACAUCGCGACAGGACCCGCCCCUCUGCUUCCACCUCUCAGGGACCUCCUCUGCUCCGCCACCCCGCGAAGUGCUGGGGGACCCAGCCGCCUGUCGCGCUCCUGCGGGGGGACCCUCGGCUAGGCAGCCAGCUGGCGCCCGCGUAGAUGGCGAGGAGCCCCCAAGGCCUUCUGCUGCUGCUACUGCUGCACUACUUGAUGGUCGCCCUGGACUAUCAUAAGGCAAAUGGAUUUUCUGCAUCAAAAGACCACCGUCAAGAAGUUUCAGUAAUAGAGUACCAAGAGGCUAUUUUAGCUUGUAAAACCCCAAAGAAGACCACUUCCUCCAGACUAGAGUGGAAGAAGCUAGGACAGGGUGUCUCCCUGGUCUACUAUCAACAGGCUCUCCAAGGCGACUUUAAAGACCGUGCGGAGAUGAUAGAUUUCAAUAUACGAAUCAAGAAUGUCACAAGACAUGAUGCUGGAGAGUAUCGCUGCGAAGUCAGCGCCCCGACUGAGCAAGGCCAGAACCUGCAGGAAGAUACAGUCAUGCUGGAAGUCCUGGUGGCCCCCGCUGUCCCUUCAUGUGAAGUACCUACUUCCGUUAUGAGUGGGAGUGUUGUGGAGCUACGGUGUCAAGAAAAAGAAGGAAAUCCAGCCCCUGAGUACAUAUGGUUUAAAGAUGGCACAAGUUUGCUGGGCAAUCCAAAGGGCGGCGCACACAGGAACAGCUCGUACACAAUGAAUACAAAAUCUGGAACUCUGCAAUUCAACAUGAUCUCCAAGAUGGACAGUGGAGAGUAUUACUGUGAAGCCCGCAACUCUGUUGGGCAUCGCAGGUGUCCCGGGAAACGGAUGCAAGUAGAAGAAACUUCCUUCCAGAAGGGCAGUCCUGCAUCUAAAGCCACUACAAUGAGCGAAAAUGAUUUCAAGCACACAAAAUCCUUUAUAAUUUAAAAGAAUUCCACUUCUGAGAUGCACCAAAACCACAGUUGUCACACAAGUUAUUAAACUAUUGUAAACCUCUGCUUUGUCUUACAUUUGCAAAGAGACGGACGAAGAAACGAGAGUGGGAACUCAUCAUAACUGUUAUGACCUCUAACUCACAAGAAAUAUUUUAAGCAAAGUGUUCUUGCCAUCACUAAAAUACAAUUUGGGAUCUUAUGUCUGACCUAAAGUGAAAUGUCUGAGGUUUUGAAAUGCAAAUGAAUGUUAAUUUUGGAGUUGACUAGAUCAUACUGACUGUAAAGCUAACCCAAGAGGCAGGAAUAUACUGUAUGUGCUCUGGUGAGAAUGGCUUACAUGUUCAGGAAAUACUCUAACGAAUGGAAACCCUGUUCGCAAAAUUCCUACCAGAAUCCUCUUCUUACCUCUAAAUAAUCCGGGUUCCUUUGCCCUGUGUCUCUGUAUCCCGUAGGGGAAUCCCAGGGCUGGGCCUUCCGUCUAAGGGUUUGCACUUUAUAUUUUCUUUCACUUCUCAGAACCAAAAGCAACAUGAAGGGAGCUGCUGCCGCCAAUUCCUGAGACUCUUGGAGGGGCUCAGUGACCUGGACAUCAGAAUGCACUACUAGAACCUACACAGCUCCAGAUCCUUUCUGUGCUUAAGUGGUGACCUUUUAUCUGUCUCUAAAAGCAAUUCUGAACUGGGCUAGCUCCUCCCUGGUGAAGAUACAGGGUUCCCAGCCUGCUUAGGAUGAACAGGAGCACAGGGGAGAGAAACAUUUGCCCCAUGAGUAAGAGGUGGAUGAACAAGCUCACUUUGACUCUUGAUCCAGUCAAGGCACAGGAGAAACCGUGGCUGAAAUGAGACAGGGGUCUAAUGUCUUCUGAACUGGUUAUCCACAGAGGCCACCAACCAGCUAGUGUCAGAUUAGAUUCCCAGGGCUCAACAGAAAACCGGUCCUGCUGGGGGCUGGUUUACCCCUAUUUAAAAUAAAAAAAAUGCAACUGAGGAUGUCUAGCUCUGGGUAAAUAUGCACGAAAGGUCACUUACUUCCUUUACCGGCUUUGAACAUGGUCACGUUGGCUUUCUACCCAAAGGGCAAAGCAAAGUCUCAGGAUUCUCAUCAAAAGCAAACGGGGUGAGUGGCCAGUGAGUACCUGGUAGUGAUCUGGUCACCGGGGUGAUGCCUACUGCCAUACUGCUCCCCUUUAACUUUGUGGCCUUGAAUCUUUCCUAAUCAGUAGACACCUUCCCAAAGGGCUGACUUCUGUAAAGUGGCUCGGCCCUCAAGGUCAGAUCCACACUUAACUGAGCCAGCAAUCUACAAAGAACACCACAGUACAUAAUUCAGCCCACAGGGUUCUUGUUACAACCACUCAUCUCUGUCACAACGUACAGUACAAGUGUGUCAGCGGUAUAGGAUUUGCCCACAGAUCCAAGCUCCUCUCUCCUGGUAGCAAAUGACAAAGAAACACUGUGGUGUACAAGAAAUCAGGGUAAAUGUUGCCUGUGCCGUGACUAAGAGAUUUGCUUUGGUAGGAGGAGGCUGUCCUGCAGUGCCAAGCAGACGUACAACUCUCAAGGAUGUCUCUUCAGGCCCACAUAGCAUCACAAGACCAACUGCGUCAAUUUAAAUAACACAAAUCCACAUUGCGAGAGGACAAUUACGUAGUGCCUUACCUUCACUAAUAGAAGAAAAGCUUCCUUUUAAGACACUGAAGCCUAAAGGUUCAUUUUAAGCAGUGUAGACACCUAACAAAGUCUGUGCCAAACACCUAUUAUACAUCCUUAACUACUGUAUACAGCUAAGCACAAGUCGCUGUGUAGAGAAUGCGCUCUUCUGCAUAAAGGACCUGACUGUGCACACUAAUCUCCUAGUUAUUAAGUCUAUCGGGAGUCACUGCCAUGAAGACUUGUCCCUUUGCUGUUUUCUGAGACUUGAACUCUAACAUUGUGUCAAAAUUGAAUUGUAGUUUCUAGAACAUGUUGAUUUUAUUUUUCCACAGUGAAAGUUUGAUAAGGGUCUAGAAAUUAUGAGAGCAAGUUUUAGUAUCGUCGCUGUUGUAACUAGAUUCAACUUAUUUUUAGUCAGGGUAGGGGUUAACAGCUAAGUCUGGAUGUUUAUUUUUCAAUACAACUUUACAAAGAACUUCCUUCAUUCUACAACUCACUUUGUUUGAUUAAAGUUCAUGCUACAAAAAUAGCUAUGCACAGCUCAAGGUUUUAGUCCCCUUCAACAGAGGGGGGAAGUCACUCACCUAUUGUUCAGUAAAACCCAGGAAACUCCUCCCUCCCUCACACCUGCACUUGUGAGGCAGCUCCAGCAGUUUCAAAUCAAGGUCUCUCUGGUCUCUCAGCUUGGACACCUGCCAACUUGUGUUUUGUGUGUGUCAGAGGUUGAGGAUAAGGGAGUGCAGGCCACUGUGAAGAGGAGCCUGUCGUUCUACAGUGGGUGACUGCUCGGCUUGGGUUUGCAGUGCAGUUACGGAGGAGCUGGGGUCUUUAUGAAUACAGCCACCUGAUCCACAGCUCACACAUUUUCUUCAUUUUAAAUUUUCCAGUUCUCUACAUUCUCUUCAUCCUCAGUAACCCUGGCUCACCCACCCACCUACCCCGGCCCCAAACUUAUCUUUGUAAAACUUUAACAUUUAAAAACAAAAGGAUACAACAACUUUAUACACAACCAAUCCAGAACCUGCUCUCUUUUGUUGCCUUAUUAUUCACCAAACUGAACUGUUUGUUUUUACAAUUUAGUCUGCCCUUUCCGAUACAUUUGUAUUACAUUCCUUAGAUCGUUAGUCCUCACCACAAGCUAUGGAAAUCCUAUUUACUCCUGACAAGUCAAAUUCAGCUCUCGUGGGACAGCGUUCUCCCAUUUCCUAGCAGUGAGUUUUGUCUCUCAAGUCCAAUGGUAUUUGGUUCUUUUGUGAUAUUUAUUGAUUUCUGUGUUACAGUACAGGGAGGUAUGUAUGUGUGACAUCUCCACCAACCUGAAACCCUGAAAAAGACCCAUGUUGUACAGGUCUUCAUAAACCCUAAGGUGUUUAAUGGCAUCUGACAUGAAAAAAGUUUCUAAAAACGCUGAAUACCUGUGAAGCAUAAAGAAUGAUUAAAUGUAAGCAUCUACUUAGAAUAUUAAUAAAACAUUGUAUUCUGAUACAA